AUGAGUUACUCCGAAUUGCAAUUUAUGCAGUCAAGCUAGCAGGAGGGGCUGCUCACACGCAGCGAAAUCGCACGCGCGUGGGCGUUAGUACUUACUGCACUGCGCAGGCUAUUUAUAAGCAGACUGCCGACCAACCUGGGGUAAGAAACGCUCAUUGCAAGUUCCCUGCAGCUAAGAAAGAAAAGCUAACCGAAAUGGAUUUCACGGUCUUACAGAGACUAAACGCGACGCUUCUUCUAGUCUGCGUCAUAUCCGUACUAAUAUACCUUGCAGACUCUGCACCAGCUCCAACUGAGCCGAAUGCAGCAGCAAAUACUCAGACAAAUCAAGUUUCCAGCCAGUCCGUCAGAAGAAAACCCCUCAGCAAACCGUGGGAGGAAGCGAGGGAGAUUUGGAACGGGCUCAGAGUGGCGAAGAAACAAAACUCCGCAGCUAGGGAGAGAAGGGAUGCUCCAGACCCUACGCAAGUAUCGCCACAAGCAGCCUACAGCGACCUCAACAAUCUCUCCAUUCCCAUUCCUACGUACAUGAAGGAGCUGUACUGGAACCUAUCACGACACGAGUCGGAGGACGCCGACACUACGACGAUUCGCUCCAUGCCUGGCAUGGAGACUGGAAAUGGUUGUGGCUUCAACUUCAGCGUGGGUGACAUCUCAGAGUUUGAGGUGUUUACAAGAGCAGAGCUCAGGAUCUACAUGAAAACUCCGGCCGGUUCAGUCAUUGAACCGGUUUUUCUGCAGAUUUACCACGGUGGGCACAAAGGCUUGCACAAGCGGGUGAAUCCUAGUCAUGAAGGGUGGAUUGUGUUCGACGUACUGAGCCAUCUGCAGCGGUGGAGAGCAUCCAACCACCCUCACAAACACAUUCACUUUUACAUCACCACUUACAACUCUAUCAAUGAAUUGUCAAAGGAGGAAAACGGAAAGGACUGCCACGACGGGUCUUCGAUUCAGUUCGAAGUCACCAAUAAAACCAACGGUGACAUUGACCAACAACCGAUGCUGAUGAUAUACUCAUACGAUUUGGACGUUGUUAAAUUUAACCUGUCAGCUAUCGUUGCAGCGACUGAAGCCAAAGGGUCAACUGGGGUACGGCGGCGACAGGCUGAUGGUUACUCUGAAGCAAGACCAACACUGCCCCCCUCGAGAGGAUGCGGGAAACACACUCUCCAGAUAGAAUUGGCCACCUUCAACGAGAUAUGGCGGUUAGCACACCCUUCACAGUCAGCAAUAUACCCAAUGACUUUCGACAUUAACGUCUGUGGUGGUAACUGUGAUCGGGACCUUCCGUCUUUGUAUACAGCGCAGCACUCUAUCAUUCUCUACUAUCUCCACACACGCAGCCAUACACCCCCCUACAGCAACACAAUGUGGGGCCAGUGUUGUGCUCCCGUGAAGUACCACAGUAUCGAGACAUUGUUCUCCCUACCCAAUCAAGAAUUUAAGAUAGUAACUUUAAGGGACAUCUCCGUAGAAAAGUGUUCGUGUAUGUCAAUACUCAGAACCCAACCCCCAACCUCCAGCAGCAGAUAACACUUAUUAUCAUUCCAUAUCAUUCAUCACGAUCUCUUCACUAUUUUUAAAUUUUUAUAUAUUAUGAUACAUGUCAAAUUCGUCCAUGUGUAUAUGUAACAAAGAUAUAACAGCAUUGAACUUUGAUCAGACAAAAGAAUUUAUUUUUUGCCCUAAACAUGGGAUAUUCCUGGUUUUCAGUUGCCCACACUUGUGCUGAGCGCAUUCUAUCAAAUUAUUUUCCAGCACAACCUAAUCCACUUAAAGCGCAGUUUUGGUGUCUGUUUACCCACACAAAUAAUACUUUGAGGUUUUGUUGACAUUCUUGAACUGUCCGUAACCGCGUUUGCACAUCUUGUGCAGGUCUCCUAAUGCCAUUAGGACAGAUUUUGUGUGGUUUUUCGACUCUAUUGCAGUCUACAUACGUAAGGCUGAAUAGAGGAUGAAUUACAUAUACAGUCACUAUAAAGCCGCCUAAAACUUGUGGGUGCGUAAAUGUAAUGGGACUA